CUGAAGUCAGUUGGUCUGUUGGAUGUUGACGUUUACGGUCCGUCGAUUCCCAAACUGAUGAACCUGAAGGGAAACCCGGAGCUCAGUGACAACAAUCUGAUGAUCCCUCUUACCAACUACGGGGUGCCAUGCAUGUCGAUGGGGUUCCUGGUGGACGAAGUGGCUCCGAUCGUGUGGAGGGGGCUGAUGGUGAUGUCAGCGUUAGAGAAACUGCUCAGACAGGUGGACUGGGGGACGUUGGACUAUUUGGUCGUUGAUAUGCCUCCUGGGACAGGAGACGUCCAACUGUCAAUCUCCCAGAACAUCCCAGUUUCCGGUGCGGUCAUCGUGUCAACGCCACAGGACAUCGCUCUGCUCGACGCUCGAAGAGGAGCCGAGAUGUUUAAGAAAGUUAACGUGCCGGUUCUCGGUCUGGUGCAGAACAUGAGCGUCUUCCAGUGUCCCAAAUGUAACCACCAGACUCACAUCUUCGGCUCUGACGGGGCCCGACAGCUCGCAGACACUCUGGGAGUCAAACUUUUAGGUGACAUACCUCUUCAUCUCAACAUCAGAGAGAUGUCAGACCAAGGAAAACCUGUGGUUGUCUCCUCGCCAGACAGCCCAGAGGCGGAGGCUUACAAAAAGGUGGCGUCUGCUGUGGUCCAGAGACUAGAGGAAGUCAACACGUGAUUGAUAUGAAGCGGAAGCGCACAUGAAGACACUUAUGACAUGUGACACACAGACACUUACAAAACAAAACAGAAAAAAACAUGUGACACACAUUUAUGUAAACAUACAAAACGUCUUUGCUGUCAUUACGCACAAUAAGUUAAAUCCAAAGCACUACUGUCUGUAUUCUGUGUAUUAGUACUACAGUGUUACUGAAUAAAUGUGAAUCAUUUAGCUGUGUGAUGAUAUGUUACAAAACUGGGCUUUUUGUUUAUGAAUUUUAAAAUAUAUUAUUAAAAUAUUUGAAAUAA